AUGUCUCACUGUGAAACUACCUCCAAUGGCACCGUGGAGGGCUUGGAAAACCGCGAGGGGGGCGUGUGCAAGAGCAGAGCCAUGAAAGUCAUCAUGAAAGUCGGGCAAGUCCCGAAUGCAAACCCUGCGGCGCCGGAGACCCCGAAAUCAGACGAGGACAAUGCAAUCCCGGAGUCCAGUCCCAGCCCAUCUGACCACAACCGGAUAGGCCCAGUGAUGCCAGGAAACCAUGACCACAUGAACCAGGACCAGUCCAACACGGCCUCCAACUCGGACGGGAUCCUGGGCUCCAAAGUGGCCGUGUUCUCCGCCAUCGCCGCGGGCUGCAUCAUCUUCUUGGUGCUCAUCCUGCUUCUGGUCAUCCUCCUCAUCAAGAUGCGCAAGCGUUCCCGCAAGAACACGCACUCGCAACCUCGUCCCUCCGCCCUGUCCCUCAGCACCCUGUCCAACCCCAAGCUCCCGGGGGGCACGGCCGGGACCGAACCCAGCGACAUCAUCAUCCCCCUGCGGACAGAGAACAACUACUGCCCUCACUACGAGAAAGUGAGCGGCGAUUACGGCCACCCGGUCUAUAUCGUGCAGGAAAUGCCUCCGCAGAGCCCCGCCAAUAUCUACUACAAAGUCUGA